AUGCAAUAUACAAAACCUUUAGCUACGAUGUUGCAAAUAGUCUUGCUUUUUGCAUGGACAAGAUUAAUGUCAACAAUGUGUGAUUCAAAACAAACCAUGAUCAAUCACGAAACACAACUAUGUUGCCAUUAUGAUAUCAAGAAAACGCCAACGAUAGGCAUUGGAUAUCAACUUUUACAAAACAACUCUAAAACAGUCAUGUCCAUGUAUAAUUUAACAUUAUCACAAGUUUUAAGUGAUUGUCAUAGAAAUACAUCAACAUACUGCCUGGCCAACGAUCAAGCUAAAGAUAUCUUUUACAGAAUUUCGUAUCCAGAAGCUCCCAGAUGUGUAGACGAAUAUGUUUCUAAUCUGCCAUCAACGAAAAGAAAUGCAAUUAUUGAUGUAGCUUUUACUAGUUGUCGAACAUUGAAGACAUUCAAUCAAAUGCAAAAAGCAUUAGAAGUAAAAUAUUGGAUACAAGCUGCAGAAGAAUUGAAGUAUUCAAAAUGGUGUAAACAAGUAAAUCAAAGCCAAUGCGAUAAAGAUUACAAUUGUAUUCGCAACAAUGAAUCAAAUGAUAAAGAAGGUUUUUCAACGAUGGAAAUUAAGACAUUGAAGAAACAUGAAUGUGUCUGUUAUCAAACAUCAAGCAGUAUUCAGUUCUGUGCACCAAAAUUUCAAUGUUCAAUAUUUCCAGAUUGUCAUUCUUGCUCAACUUCAUCGUCUGUGUGUAUUAUUGAUUCAGGUUGUGCAAGAAAAGUUUGUGUACCGUUAUCAUUUAGUGGAGUAUGCAAUUUAAACUCAUCAAAUCAAUCAUCACUAUUCAAACGUCUAAUGAGUACACAUUCAGGCAGAAUAACUCUAUUGAUUAUUUUAUUUCCAUUACCUCUGCUUCUAUGCUUACUGUUAUCUAUCUUUUUCUUUUGUCGAAACAGAUAA